GGAAACACCACAAUGGGAAGUUAGUCAGCAGUUGGACUGGCUCCUUAUUUUUACCGUAAAGCCGUGUAACUCUUCCAUGGAAGCUGUGUUCGUCCCUGCACCCACAGAUUACAGAUCUGUGCAGUCAUGUUUGAAGUGUCAGAUAAAUCCACCCAGGUGUAGCUGCACAGCACAGGCUCCUCCCCAACCAGCUCCGACCGGACUGUCAGAAGAACAGGAAGACUUCUCUGCUGCUAAAGACGUAGUCGUUUUCCCCCGCUGUCACUCAGGGGUUAAAAAGUUUAACUAAAGUUAUAGCAGUCAUGGAAACUAAUUUAGGAGAAGCCUCCAGGCCGAGUCAUCCGUAACACCGACCCGUCGCUUGUGUUGUGGUCCCCGAAACAACUCGUGGAAGUGGGAAGAGUUUUUUUUUUUUUUUUUUUUACUUUACCUACUGUAGCCAGACUAGCUAAAGCUAAAGCUAACGUUAGCGCCUCAUACUUUAAAAAGAGACUUUGUUAAAACUUUGAAUUGAAGCGGAUUGUGUUACAGGUGAACUAAAGUACUCAUUUGUAUUUUGUAAAGGCAACAAGCCGUUAUCGUACUUUUCGUCCGGAGCACUCGGGGGGUUGUGCUUUGAAUUUCCCUCCUUCUGUGAUACAGACAGGCGGCUUAGCGGAGGGGGUUUGCUCGGUGUAGUUGGCUUUCUACCAAAUCAUUAGCAGCACCGUGCUAAUUGUGGCUACUUAGCAAAGGGGACCAGCCUAGGCCUUAAGGAAAUCAACAGUUAGCCCCUUCGCAUGUUAAGAAACAUCUUUUGCUGUGUUUAGUUUACCGCCACACGAGUUUAUUUUGUCACCUCGACUCAAGGAGUUGGAUUAAUUCACAAGUAUGGAGCACAACACGGGGAACUCUGCCUCUGCUGCUGGACCCAAGAAAGACAAGAAAUCAAAGAAGAACUACGAAGAUGGAGAUGGGAAAAAGAAAUUUAAACUCAAACGGCUGAUUCCUGACGAGUUGGAGCGUUUCACCAGCAUGAGGAUGAAAAAGGACAAGGAGAAGCCUGGCCAUAUGCCUGGUCAGCGACACUCUUCAGCUGCCAACUAUGAGAUAAAUCCUCAGAGUGCUAUGCUGCAUGAUCACACCGAUGAGUACGUCCUGGAACUCUUCGAACAGAUGCUGGUGGAUAUGAACCUGAAUGAGGAGAAGCAGCAGCCUCUAAGGGCAAAAGACAUUAUAAUCAAACGAGAGAUGGUCUCCCAGUACCUCCACACGUCUAAAGCUGGCCAAGACCAGAAGGAGAGCUCCAAAUCAGCCAUGAUGUAUAUCCAGGAGUUAAAAUCAGACUACCGAGACACACAGCUGCUGAGCUGUCUGGAAUCUCUCCGAGUCUCCCUCAAUAACAACCCUGUCAGUUGGGUGCAGAACUUUGGAGAUGAGGGGCUGGCCCUGCUGCUGAAUCUGCUUAGAAGACUACAGGAGGAAAAAGACGAAUACCCAAUGAUGGGGGUGAAAUGUCAACAUGAGAUAAUUCGUUGUCUAAAAGCCUUUAUGAACAACAAGUACGGUCUGAAAUCCAUGCUGGAGUCAGAUGAGGGAAUUCCUCUGCUGGUCAGAGCCAUCAAUCCUAGGGUACCUCAUAUGAUGGUGGAUGCUGUAAAGCUGCUCUCUGCCAUCUCAAUUUUGGAACAUCCUGAGAACCUUCACGAGCGUGUUUUGGAGGCCAUUACAGAGGAGGCAGAGAAACGGGACAUUGAGAGGUUUCAGCCUCUCCUUGCUGGCAUGAACAAUCAUAACAUUGCUCUCAAGGGUGGCUGCAUGCAGCUGAUCAAUGCCUUGAUCAGCCGGGGAGAAGAGUUGGACUUCAGGAUCCAUAUUCGCUCUGAACUACUAAGACUGGGUCUCAGAGAACAGCUGACGGAGGUGCGGAAGAUAGAAAACGAAGAGCUGAGGGUGCAACUCACCGUGUUUGAUGAGCAGGCUGAAGAUGACUCUGAGGACCUCAAAGCACGUCUUGAUGACAUCCGCAUUGAGAUGGAUGAUGUGAGGGAAAUAUUUGAGAUCCUAGUCAACACUGUGAAGGACUCCAAAGCCGAGAACCACUUCCUGUCACUGAUGCAACACCUGCUGCUGAUCCGUAAUGAUUAUUUGGCCAGGCCUCAGUACUACAAGUUGAUCGACGAGUGUAUCGCUCAGGUCGUGCUUCACAGGAAUGGAGCAGACCCUGACUUCAAGUGCCGCAACCUCAGCCUCAACAUUGAGGGGUUGAUAGAUAACAUGGUGGACCAGACCAAAGUGGAAACCAGUCAGGCCAAGGCAAAUGAGCUGGAGAAGAAGCUGGAUGCAGAGUUGACAGCACGCCACGAGUUGCAGGUGGAGCUGAAGAAACUGGAGGGUGACUAUGAGCACAAGCUGCAAGACUUGAGUCAAGAAAAGGAACAGCUGUCGUCUUCUAAGCUGGAGCAAGAAAAGGAGAACCAGGGACUACAACAACAGCUAAGCACUCUGCAACAGCAGAUUGAAAAGCUGUCUAAAGAUCUGGAAGAAGCCAAGACUAAAGUUGUCACGGUUACUGUUCCUGUGCCAACACCCGGUUUGCCCCCUCCACCACCUCCCCCUCCUCUCCCUGGCCAGAAUGCAGGUAUGGCCCCUCCACCUCCUCCCCCACCCCUACCAGGCCAUGCAGCCAUUCCUUUUCCCCCACCCCCCCCUCCUUUACCAGGCAUGCCAGGACCGCCACCACCUCCACCUCUUCCUGGCAUGCCAGGACCGCCACCGCCUCCACCCCUUCCUGGCAUGCCAGGGCCUCCACCACCUCCACCACUUCCAGGCAUGCCAGGACCUCCGCCACCUCCGCCGCUCCCUGGUAUGUCAGGACCGCCACCCCCUCCACCAUUGCCUGGGAUGGGCCCUCCACCACCACCACCACCGCCAGGCAUGGGCAUACCUCCACCGCCAUUAUUUGGCAUGGGGGGCUGGGGUGCCCCAGCACCACCUACACUGCCUUAUGGGCUCCAGGCUAAAAAGGAGUACAAGCCUGAGGUCCAGCUGAAGAGAGCAAACUGGAUGAAGAUUGCAGCUGAGGACCUCUCUGAGAACAGUUUCUGGACCAAGGCAAAAGAGGAGAAAUUUGAAAACAAUGAGCUCUUUGCCAAACUCACCUUAGCCUUCUCCUCGCAGUCAAAGCCCACUAAAGCCAAAAAGGAGCAGGAUGGCGGAGACGAAAAGAAGCAGACGCAAAAGAAGAAGGUGAAGGAGCUGAAGGUUCUUGACUCCAAGAUUUCACAGAACCUUUCCAUUUUCCUGGGAUCGUUCCGUGUCCCUUAUGAAGAGAUCAAGAACGCAGUCCUGGAAGUUAAUGAGAAGAUCCUCACAGAGUCCAUGGUUUCGAAUCUGAUCAAACAGCUGCCAGCACCAGAGCAGAUGAGUGUCCUGGCAGAGAUGAAGGAUGAGUAUGAUGACCUGGCUGAGUCUGAGCAGUUUGGAGUAGUGAUGUCCAGUGUGAAGCGGCUGAUGCCCCGACUUCAGGCCAUCCUGUUCAAGCUGCAGUUUGAGGAGCAGCUGAACAACAUCAAGCCAGAUGUGGUGUCUGUGACAGCAGCCUGCGAGGAGCUCAGGAAAAGCGAGGCCUUCUCCAAACUGCUAGAGAUCACCCUUCUCGUCGGCAACUAUAUGAAUUCCGGCUCCCGCAAUGGAAAGGCAUUUGGUUUCUCCAUAUCAUACCUGUGCAAGCUGCGGGACACCAAAACAGCUGAUCUGAAGCAGACACUGCUCCAUUUCCUUGCCGAUGUGUGCCAGGAGCAGUAUCCUGACGUCAUGGGCUUCACAGAUGAGCUUAUCCAUGUUGAAAAGGCCAGCAGAGUUUCUGCAGAGACACUUCAGAAGGCCCUUGAGCUCAUGGGCCGUCAGAUCAAGAACUUGGAAAAAGAUCUGGAAACCUUCCCUCCUCCGCAAAGUGACAAGGACUUGUUUGUGGAGAAGAUGUCCAGUUUUGUGUCUACCGCACGUGAGCAGCAUGAGAAGCUGGAUCUAUUGCAUAAGAAUAUGGAUAAACAAUAUGCUGACCUGGGAGAGUACUUUGUCUUUGAUCCAAGAAAAAUAUCUGCAGAGGAAUUUUUUGGUGACCUCAACACCUUUAAAAACAUGUUCCAGCAAGCGGUAAAGGAGAAUCAGAAGAGGAAGGAGGCUGAAGAGAAGACCAAGAGGGCCAAGCUGGCCAGAGAAAAGGCAGAGAAGGAAAAGGAGGAGAAACUCAAGAAGAGCCAGCUUCUCGACAUCAACGCAGAGGGUGAUGAGACUGGUAUCAUGGAUGGCCUGUUGGAGGCGCUGCAGUCUGGCGCUGCUUUCAGGAGAAAGAGAGGACCACGGCAAGCAGCCAACCACCGACGAGCUGGUCAUGCAGUGACCAACAUCUUGGCCAAAGAGCUGAUGCAGGAGGACACGCCUUCGUCCAGCAAAGUGCCCACUAGGAAGAAAAAGACGGAUGAAAAGGAGGAGCCUAAAGUAGAAGGAGCGGAGUCAUUAGAGGAGUUACUGGACGCUGCUUCCUCUCGGUCCAAUUAGGCAGGCAAUUUUAGUCCGUAAUAUCCAAACACGGAUGUAUUUCGUAGCCAUUCCAGGGGCCAAUAUCCAUCUGAGUUUAGCAUACUCAAAGAAAAGGCCUGUUUUUUCCAACCUUUGUCUUAACAGAACCAUCUUUUCGGUGUCUUCUGGGAGGACAGGGAGACGCAGAGGAUGAGGGCAGUGCUCUCACCUUAGUAACAACCCCUGGACCCCCUCAUCAACCUUUGGAUCUUUGCCAUUGUCGUAAAAUUAAAAUAUCUUUCUUCAGCAUGUGCACAUAUCUGUUCAUGUAUUCUUGUCUGUUUCUCUAUAUUUUGACAUCACUUUAUUUUCACCUGUCAUUUAUCAAAGGACAUCUUGAGCGAUUCCAAAGACUUACUCAGGAGGGAUCCACAGUUUUUUCGCGGUUAUUUCCAAAUCCCAAAUUUAGACUGGGAAGUUGACACAUCCUGCAGGUGCUUCAUAGAGUUUUCUCUGGAUGUUCCAGGCCAAGACCACUUUGCGCUUUUUCACAUUCUUUUUUUUUAUUACCUAUGAAACAUAUUGCUUUGUAAUUGUCUGAUAUACUGUAUGUUACUGUUUGUAAAUGUUAAUCAUUUGCUGUAUUAUUGAAAAAAGUGCCAACCAAUAGAAAUUCAGUCUUGUCAUUUCACUCCCAGAGUUUGUCCAGUCACAGAUUGCACUGGGCUGGUGUGUGGACCAGUCUAACAACAGUCAUCACCUGGGUGUAUGUUUCAGUGUGUGUUUAAUUUGUUUUUUUGUUUUUACUGAGAAGGGAUUUAGUUCACUGGUGUGCAUGCAUUAGUAAGAUUUCACAUAAAAUUUGGGGAUGAUUUACAUAAACCUUUCUGAGCUAUGUUACCACAUGUGCCCACAGUUACAUGAAGAAAACCUGCUUACAUCCAUGAACAUGAACAUUCCCAUAAAUCCAUGAGGGAGGUAGUUAGUUUGGAGGAGAAAGUUCCUCCACCGACAAACCAAAAAAAACACUUUGCUGUUUAAAAAGGGUGUUUCCAUACAAAACCUAGUCUGAGCAGUUUACAUGCCUGUGUGUUUAUGUGUAUGAGAAUAUCUUGAGUGUGUGAAGUAAGCCGCCUAUAUUUAGUUAUGUGUGCACUUUCGACUUCCUGUGUGUGUGUAUGUGUGUGCAUGUAGGUUUGAGUGCGUGCGUGUGUGUUGCCAUCUGUAAUUACUGUACGGUACCGACCAUGCUGUCAUAAAUGCUAGGUUUCAUAAACAGCAUUGUGGUCUUUCUGCUGAGGAAAAGCACACUGGAAAACUGCCCAAAAAACUGCUGAGACAAGUGUGUGUGCUUGUGUGUGUGUGUGUGUGUGUGUGUUGCUCACCCACUUUCCCUCCCACUGAACUGCAACAGUAGUUGCUGAAUGUCUGGCUUUGCUCUUAUUUGUAUUCAGUAGCCAUCAGCAUACAUGUUGCCAUGAUGUUGUGGUGUAAUAUCUGACAGGAAUCCUGCAAGGUGAUGUCAGCUGCUCCAUGCAAUAUUUAUUCCUAUGCAAACAAUACUGUAGCCAGCCUCAGGAUGUAAAAGCUACUGGAUUCAGCUGUCUUUAUUAGCCUGCUGAUUCAAGAUCAGUGGUUCAUAUUGCUGGUGACUGAGAAAAAUCUUUACAGCUCCAAACAGCAUAUCAAUAAUCAAAGAAAUAUUUUUCUUUCCUCAACAACACCAGCAUUUAUAUGAUCUCUUCUAUAAAAUGUUAUUGUCUUUAGAGAGGAGCUGGCACUUAACAUAAAGAGCAAUGAGGUACAGUAGGUGUAGAAAUCCUUGUUCUGAUUGAGUGCCGUUGCUUCAUUGUAAUCCACUAACACUGAGAAUAACUAGGUGUGAAGACUGCACCGCCUGCUCUCCAGCACAAAAUAUAUCCGACAGAGUUUUAUGUUCGGGAUAUCCUGUCCAUCUCUUCAGGUGGACAGUGCCAGGUGUGUACCAGAUGCUGAAAAGGCUGUUCAACAUAGAGGAGAGAAAGAUUUUUAGAAAAUAAAGAGGACAUCAGAACAUCACUGGAAUAUUUCUUUUCUAAUUUGAUUCAUUCCUUUUGUUCCUUGAUUAUUAUUGUUUUUUAAGUUGUUUUCUAUGUGAAUUUUUACGGUUGAUUAUUUUAAUGUAUUUGAACAGAGACACGAUUUUUUUUCCAGAGAUUGCUCUAUGUAUACAGAAUAAUGCACAGUCAUUCUGUCUGCUACACAGAACUAUUAAAAUGUCUUAAG